CUACCAUUCUUCUUCUUCUCACUAAUCUGAGAGUUUGAUAUCACAGUCAUGGAGAACCAGAAUUUGCAGAACCAGAAUCCACUCUUUCUCUCUCGCCCUUCAAAAUUCCACUUCUCGACAUGUUCAAAGACAAGCUCAAGCUUCCAACUCCUGACAAGCCUGGAAGGAUUUUUCCUGAUCGGCUUGGAAGCUUGGUGAUGAUCUCAGGAUUGGACGAAAAAGGAAAUGAAAUCGAGAGAUCGGAGUUUGAAUUCGAGUCUGGUGAAGAGCUGGAGCCGAUUAAACCUGGCGCGUUAGGGUUUCACAGAGAGAGUGAUGAUGGCGAUGAAGCUAUUGAUGAUGAAAAGGACGAUAAGGAUCAGAGAAUUCGGAAGAAGACGAAUAAAGAUGCUGUUGCAGCUUCGGUUUCGGUGUUGAAGUCUAUUUUGUUGGAUGAGAAAAGAUCGGAUUUAGAAUAUGAGAUUUCUCGGAGGGAGAUUAAUUUGGAAAAGUUGCGAAGAAUUGCUAGCACUGGGAUUCCUAAUGGAGGAGGUUUGCGUGCAACAGCUUGGAAGCUACUCUUGGGCUACUUACCUUCAUCACAUGACCUAUGGGAGACUCAAUUAGAAGAGAAUAGGCAAAAGUAUGCUGAUAUGAAAGAGGAGCUUCUCCUGAAUCCGUCGGAGCAUAUCUGGAAGGAGGCUAAGGACUUAAGUUCCACACAGCAGCAUGAGGACAAUGACGCUGAUGGCCCCCUUAGGCGACAUGAAAUUUCUGUGGAAGAUCACCCUCUGAGCCUCGAUAAGGAAAGUCUUUGGAGGCAAUAUUUUCAGCAUACAGAGAUAGUGGAUCAGAUAGAUCGAGAUUUGCAGCGUACGCAUCCAGACAUGCCAUUCUUUUCGGCAGAGACAUCAUUUAGUCGAAAAAAUAGAGAAGCCAUGAAGAAUAUUCUUCUCCUUUUCGCGAAGUCAAAUCCUGCAAUUUGUUAUGUGCAAGGCAUGAAUGAGGUCUUGGCACCUAUAUACUAUGUAUUUAGGACUGAUACUGACAAGCAAAAUGCUGAGAAUGCAGAAGCAGAUAGUUUUUCAUGUUUUGUUCGAAUCUUAGGUGACUCUGUGGAUCAUUUCUGUCAACAAUUGGACAACAGUUCAAGUGGUAUCCUUGCUACUCUUUCCCGUUUGUCAGAUCUACUUAAAGUAAAUGACGAGCAGUUAUGGCAUCAUCUUGAAUUUACAACAAAGAUCAAACCACAAUUCUACGCAUUCCGGUGGAUUACACUGCUACUCACCCAAGAGUUCAAGUUUGAGUUUAUUUUGAGAAUAUGGGAUACUCUUCUUAGUAAUACUUUUGGUGUUCAGGAUAUGCUUCUUCGGAUCUGUUGUGCGAUGCUACUUUGCGUGAAAAGCAGACUACUGAGUGGUGACUUUGUGGCUAAUAUAAAGCUUUUACAACACUAUCCUGAUGAUAUUAACUUAGAAUACCUCCUCCAGGUAGCUCAGGAUAUUAGUCCAGACACAUCUUAUAUUUUGUCCCUUUGAUAUCACAGUGGACAUUUUUCAAAUACUUCAAUCAAAGUUUAUUUGAAAAACGGAAUGUCUAUACGCAGCAAAGCACUAGACACGUUAAUGCACUAGUUUGAGAAUACAUGCAAAGGAAGAAAGCAGUUGAAGUUUGCUAAAAAAAAGAGAAAAUUUUCAGUUCCUUUAGCCUGAGGCGAAAACUGGUAGCCUGAGGCGAAAAAUUGUAGCAAAAUUCAGACAACUCUCUGUUUUGUCGCCUGCAGCAAAGCACUAGACACGUUAAUGCACUAGUUUGAUAAUACAUGCAAAGGAAGAAAGCAGUUGAAGUUUGCUAAAAAAAAGAGAAAAAUUUCAGUUCCUUUAGCCUGAGGCGAAAACUUGUAGCAAAAUUCAGACAACUCUCUGUUUUGUCGCCUGGAGCGUAAAUUCUUUUAGCCUGGGGCGUAAAUUCUUUUAGCAAAUGUUUACAACCAAAGGUAGUGCAAUUUUUUUAUGAAAAAAAUAAAAAAAAUAAGUGAGCUCGGACUAGAAGACUUUGUUGAUGAAAGCCGGAAAACUUAAAGAACGUACGCACGCGCACACUAUGAGCAAAUCAGCGGUAUCAGCCUGAGCAGAUUGAACUCAUCAACUACGGUGGCAACAACUUGUCUAUCAUUAUGAGCAUCUUGGUAGAAAAACCAAGAAAAAAAAAAACCUUUUCCCAAUGGGAUUCGACGCUCAUAACAGCAAACCUGGGACUAUAAGCUUUUCUGCCAAAAGUUGCGGGUUAUGUCUUAUUCAAAAUUGUUUCAUAUGAGAGAUUAAAGAAGGGUGAAGAGGACAAAAACAUUUGAUUUUUAUAAGAUUCACAUUUGCACUUUAACUAGUAAACCUUAUAAAAAUUUAUCCACCAUCCAAUAUCAUAUUUUAAUUGGCCAUAGAAUGACUAUGACAGUAUUGAUGAAUCACACACAUACCCACACAAGGUAGAAAAUGGUGAAUAAUGUGUUGUAUUAUUCCAUUGCAUUAGCUGUGUUUAAAUAUACAUA